CAUCCAUUCACUACAGGCUCGAGCUCCGGUGAAUCCGUGCACUGCAGCUACAAACUGCACACUAGGAUGUUACCAUUUCUACAUUAUUUUUUAUUCACCUUCAUGUUUUACUACUUUUUUUACAUGCUAUAUUUUUUCAAAUUCUCAAUCGUUUAUUGUUAUGCAAGGAAUAACUUACCAAAAAAUGUUCGGGAGCAACUUUUUAGGCUGGGAAAGCCUACGGUCUGCUGAAUGCCAGACGAAACCGAAGUUCUAAAACAGGAUUAUAAUAUCUGGGUGCUGUUUGAUGCCCUUGGUUUCCCCGUCGGAUUUCGGAUUAUUCGGUUUUCGGCAUCAUGGAAGGCCGGGAUUUUGGUCCUCCGCCGCACAUCCUGUCCGAGCGCGGCGCGCUGGUUCACCGUGCCGCCUCUCGGAUUGCUCCUACCGGUCACAGCUCCGUACAGCAUCCCGGUCACUUCCAGCCUGGAAAAUACUACCCAUCUCCUAUCCCAAUGGCUCCGCAUUCAGGAAGCAGCCUGAUGGGGAACUCCUCCGCCUCCUUCAUGGGGACCUUCUUGGCCAGCAGUCUGGGGUCACCCCCUUCACACCCGCCUCACCCCUCAGGGCCCCCCUCCUCACCCUCCUCGCCCUCCUUCCGGGGCGGCCCCCACUCCAGCGCCUCACAGAUCUGGUUUCCCCACUCACACGAAGCCACCCCUGGGUACCCACGUUUCUCCGGGAGCCUCGCACCCACCUUCCUACCCAUGAGCCACCUGGAUCACCCCGGCAACGGCAGCGUGCUGUACGGCCAGCACCGGUUCUACGACACUCAGAAAGAUAAUUUUUAUCUCAGAAGCCUCCCGUCUCAGUCUCCCCUCCUCCCAGCCAAUCACAGCUUCCCCCCGAUCUCUCGGGCGGCGCCGGGGCACCCCCUUGGGUCCUGCAGCCGGGAGCGGGACGCUGGGGGUGGGGGCGGGAUGAAGGAGGGUGUGGCAGAGCGCGGGGGGGCGCCGGGUCCCAAGGAGAAGGAGAGGCCCGGAAGCAAGCAGGAGGCGAAGGACAGACCGCCCCACGGCCCCCACCCCUCCCUGCUGGCGGGGGACAGCAGCCGGGCCCUGGAGCGGCACAAAGCCGCCCUGGCCAUGGAGCACAAGCAUGACCCUCUGUCCCGGGGCAAGCUCCUCAGCCCCUGCCUGCUCAACAGCAAGACGCCCAGCGGAGACUCGGCUGCCAAGGGGCCUCUCUCCAGCUGCGGGGGGGCAGGGGGGGCGGGGGGCGCCCAGGCCAGGCACGCGGGCGACGGCGGAAACGCCCGCUGCUCUAAGGAGGGCGUGAGCGGGGAGAUGAGGAUCAGCGAACACCCCCCGGACUGCCUGGAGAGGGGGCGGGGGCUGCACCACUCCGUACCCUCGUACUCCAUGCCCCCGCCCCUAACCAUGAGCAGCGGAGGCAACCCGGGGGGCUUCCCCUGUCUGCAGCUCCACCCGCACCACCCCCACCACCCACACCCCCACCACCACCCGGACUUCUACUGCCCUCCCCUGCCCGCCCCGCUCGCCACCCCCCCUGCCCCCGACAGGGGCCCGGCCAGCGGGGGCAGGGACCCCAAGGUGACGGGCCCGACGUUCGUGCCGUCCGUGGGGCACCCCUUUCAGCUGGGGAACCCCGACUGCCGGGGGGCGGGCGGGGGGGGUGGAUGCAAGGACAAGGCGAUGGAGAAGGGUGGGGGUGGGGGUGGGGGCAGGGGGCAGGGCUUGGGGGGCGGGGAGGGCACCCCCCCAGCCAGCUGCCACAGGAAGCAGCAGCAGCAGCAACAGCACGCCUACGGCAAAGCUGACAAGCCUCCUGAUUGGCUGCAGAAGCACCAGCACCCGCCCCUCACGCAGCAGCGGUCCCGGAGCUCCGAGUGCAUGGGCGCCACCGAUGGGGAGGUGUUCCGCCCGUCCCUGCCCCAGGGGGCCAAACCCGGCCCCUUCCCCAGCACCCUGCCCUACCCGGACUGCUCUCACUCAGGUCCUCCUGCAGGCGGCCAGCCCCCCGAUGCCUCCAAAGGCGUGGCCCCGGUGGGGGGCAGCGUGGGCGGGGCGGGGUGCGUGCUGCAGCGGGACGGGCAGAAGGUGGCCCGGAUCCGGCACCAGCCCGGCGGCAGGCCUGGCGCAGGCGGGUCAGAGCCAGGUCACAGCGGGCACCUGGCGCCCCUCCCCCCCUGGGCGGAGGAGCAGGGGAAGGCGUUAGCAGACUCCUUCUGCGGGGGGGGUCGGCAGCAGCAGCAGCAGGCGGGGACGGAACCCCAGGGCCCCCAGGGGCCACAGGCCGAGGGGAACCCCAUGAAGAGCCUGCUCAGGUACAGCAGCCAGCAGCCGCCUGUCCUGCUGUCCCAGAAGAGCCCGUUCGGGGGGCUGGGCUGCCUGAAAUCGGGGGCGGGGGGGGCCAGCUGCGCCCUGCAAGAGGGCAGGCAGGCCCUGCCCCCCCGGAAGGGCGUGGCCGGUGACGGGGACGCGGGAGACUCCGUCCACGGGGAGGGGGAGGUGCGGCAGCCCCCCGUGGGCAUCGCGGUCGCCGUAGCGAGGCAGCGGGACCCGCCCUGUCGCCCCUCGGACGGACACCCCGCCCACAGCCGGGCGGGCAGGGUGCUGCCCACCCUGAAAGGGAUGCCCCGGUCUGUGUUUCCGCUGGACCGAGACGGAGAGGACGAGAGGAAGAGGAUGUGUGAGGACCAGCUGGGCCUGCCCUGUCUGGACCGAGAGAGAGAGCUGUUCCUCAGGGAUAACAAAGAAAGGGUCGAGUUUCCCAGGAUCCAUCCCUCCAGCAGUUGCCACGGUGACCUCACCUCCCACCUCAUGGUGCCGGGCGGGGCUUCCCUGCAGGCCAGCCAAUUAGGAUCCGACCCCGCCGCCCACGCCCACCCGGCACACCACCAUUGGAUGCCUCGCACAGGAAGCCCCUCCCUCUGGAUGCCGGGACACUCCUACGGGAUCGGCCACGCCCUUCAUCAGAGCCUGCCGCCCGGCUUCUCGCCCGCCAUGCCUGGCCCCCUGCAGCCGGUGCUGCCCCUCCCCCAGGACCCCGCUGCACAGCUGGUGGUGCUGCCCGCCGAGCCAGCUGCCCACCCCGCUGCCCAUCACCUAGAUGUGAUGGAGCAGCCGGGUCUCUGGCCCCCUGUGUACGGAGCUCGGGGGCCCCCCUCUCACAUGCAGCACCCUGCUGUGUACUCCCGCUCACAGUUUCUACGGCAACAGGAGCUCUAUGCUCUGCAGCAUCAACAACACAGGGCGGCACAGGCAAUGGAGACACAGCACAGACACAGACACGCACAGACACAGAGGAAGAUGGAGGACUCCAGCUCUGAGCUGGAUGACCUGCUGUCCGACCCCCAGACCCCGAAACCUGCCAAGCCCUUCUCCUUCCCCCCGUCCAGCAAGAGCAGCCCGUCCCCAGGGGCGUGCAGCACCCGCCUCUCCCCCUGCUGCCGCUCGCCCCCCUCCCUGCGCCCGCACCCAAAGAGCACACCCUGCCCCGCCCCCUGCCCCGCCCCCAGCCCCGCCACCGCUCCCCGCUCCCCCGCCCUCAGCCCCGCCCCGACACGCCCCCCCAAAGCCGCGGAGUCGCAGGACAAGCGGGCGGAAGGGCAGCCGCCACAGGAUUACCCACAAUCCCUUGAGCCUGACCUGCCUCCAGGAUACACCUACCCCGCCAUGGGCUACAGGGGCGGCCCCUCCCCUCAGGAUGUGCGAUUGGCCGAGCCAGCGGACCUGGAGGCGGUGCAGGCGGAGCCAGCCUCUCGGUCCCUCCCCCUCCCUGUGGGGGAGGAGCCUGAGUGUGAGGGAGUGGUGACUCCUGUCCGGACGAUACCGGAGGAGGCGAAACCCGAUGCCAUGGAGCCGCUGGGGGGAGUGGAGGUGGGCGGGGUGGAGAGCAGCCACGCCCACCCUGAGCUGCUGGAGCAGAAGGAGGCGGAGCUUUGCCUCUGCUCUGUGGCAGAGGCGGAGAUCACAGACCCCGCCCCAGUGUGCCCCACCCUGGAGGCUGCCGAAGGAGAUGACCCCUCAGGUGAGGAAAGUCCAGAGGAUACUGUGCAUUCUGGGGACCUGGCCGAUAUCCCCGCCCCCACAGUGGCAGAGCAGGAGGAGCCAGGGAGAGAGCUGACAGCCAAUGAGGACCCUCCGCCUACCCCGCCCCCCAGCCACGCCCCUCAGCCAAACCCCGCCCCUGGGAUCUGGAGCCUGGAGCUGCUUAUUGCUGCUGCUCUCUGUGCGGGCAGAGACUCCCCCCCUCCGCCCCUCCCCCCGCCCGUCCCGCCGGCCCCGCCCCUCCUGUGCAGCCACGGCAUGGAGCUGCUGAGCGAGCUGGCCGACCUGGAGCUGCAGGAGCAGCGAAAGAGCAGCGGGAGCAGCCAAGGAGAGGACGCGCUGACCUUCCACCUGCGGAGCCUGGCCACGCUGGCGGCGGCGCGCGCGCUGGAGCUGCGCUCUCUGCAGGACCCUGUGCAGCACGGCCCCGCCCGCAGAACCCCCAACCUGCGGCGCAAGUGCAGCUGGGCCCCCCGCCACCAACCGGUGUGCCCGGCGAAGGGCGCCAUGGAGACGCUGGACGGACAGGAGCUGGCCAUGCGGGUGCGGCUGGCGGAGCUGCAGAGGCGCUAUAAAGAGAAGCAGAGGGAGCUGCUCAAACUGCAGAGGAAGCACGAGCAGCGGAAGCAGGAGCCAUGUCGCAGUCCUGCACGCCGUGGCCCUGGGAGGCCCCGAAAGCGCAAAUCGGGCCCCAGCGUGGGCCCUGUGGCCCCUUCAGAGGCCCCUAAGAGAGUGAAAUCUCUGGGGGCGGGGCUUGGCCUGCAGUUUGAUGACCUCAGAGGGGGCGGGGAGAUGCGGAGGGCGGAGAAGAAGCUGUCCAAUCGGAGCUACGACCGCCUCAGUGCCACACAGAUGAAGGCUCGGUGCUGUAAGAAGCCCGGGCGCCCGGUGGUUCUGAGCUCUAAGCUCGCCCGUAAGGUGUCUCAGCUGAAGCAGAAGGCCAAAGCCAAGCGGGGCCCCCCGGGGGCCGGCAGUUUCCGGCGCAGAGACAGCGCGGGGCCUGGCCCCGCCCCCCAGCGGCUGUGCCGAGCCCCCAGGCCCCUGAAGGGCGAGGGCAAACGGUCUGGCGACUGCGGGGGGCCCAACAGCGCCGCAGGCAGUGCGGGCAGGGGCGGGGCCGGGGGCGGGCAUGACGGCUGGGCGGGGCGCAUGCUGGCGAUGAGGCGGAGCAGGACCCGCCUGCAGACCCGGGCGAGAGUGCUGAGGGUGGGAAACGCCGCGGCGGGGACGCAGGAGGCGCCUGAGGAGAAGGACGCGUCGCCCGCGGAGAGCGAGCCGUCGCACCGAGGUGAUGAAGAGGAAGGCAGGCAGGACAGUGAGGAAGAGCACGACGAUAUCAAAGCUCCAUCUUCCAAAGACUCUGGCGUGAUUGGUCCGUCCCCUUCUUCAGUCGUGAAACUGGAGGCCAAUCAGAAAGCCAAAAACAAGAAGGAAAGACAAGGACUUCUGGGGUCUCUGAACCGUUCAGCUGUGGAGGAGGUGAAGGUGAGAAAGAGAGCCCCCUUCAGGCUGGCAGCGGUCACUGCAAAGAAGAGGCAACCGGAGCGGCAGGAAUUUGGGGUGGCAAAGAGGGCGCGGCCGCAGGGGCAGGGGGCGGAGCCCGGCGUCCUGCCCCCCUCCAGCGAGAGGCUGAAGAAAGCCACGCACAAGAGCACAGCACUGCAGCGGCCAAUGGGAAAGCCUCGGGGCCGUGCGGUGAGCCGUCUUCUGGAGAGUUUCGCCGCAAACGAGGGCUUCCAGCUGGAUGAGGACAGCAGCUUCUCUGAAGGGGAGGAGGACGAUCUCAACGCCCCGGGACACCCGCCACGCCCCAGCAAGGGGGCCCCCCCAGCUGUGCCAAACUGUGUCCUGACCAAGGAGGCUCUGGUGGACGGUCUGAAGGUGCUGAUAUCCAAGGAGGACGAGCUUUUAUACACAGCCUACGUCCACACAUUGGACCUGCCCGACAUAUACAGCGUGGUUAUCGAAGGGGAGAGAGGAAACCGCCCCAGAAUCUACUCCCUGGAGCAGCUGCUGAAGGAAGCAGUGCUGGACCUGCGGCCGGAGUCGGAGGCGGUGCUGGCGGAGGGGACGAGGGUGUGUGCGUACUGGAGUGAGCGCUCACGAUGCCUGUAUCCCGGAUACGUGCACAGAGGGGGCCCCAAUGAGGAGGAGAAGGAGGGUAGUGUCAUGGUGGAGUUUGACGAUGGGGACCGGGGCUGGAUCUCUCUGCACAACAUCCGCCUGCUCCCCCCAGGGUACCAGGUCCACUGUACAGACGCUGCCCCCGCCUUCCUGGUCUCCAGCAUCCGCCGGCGUCGGAAGAACACCGUCGUGGAUAAGGCCGCCGUGGGCGACCUGUCCUACGAGUAUCAGAGGGCAGCUGCCAAAACCAAACCAGGCGUACCAAAAAGCGUCAACUCAGGGAGGCGGAGUCCCGUAGCGGAGAACACCAAUAAGAGCAACGCCCCCCUUCUCUGCUGGCCCACUGUGGCCGUACCCCGAAAGAGGACCCCCCACAAUUUCUUCCCGCUCAACGGCGCCCCCAGGAGGAUGCUGAAGGGGAAGGAAGUGGAGCUGUUCCCGCUGCUGUCCUCGUGCUCCGCCGUUCCCGCCAAAGGCAUCUUCGGGAGCCCCUUCGAGGUGGAUUCCUUCAGCAGCAUCGCCAAUGGUUACGCCUCCCUCGGCAGCCGGCAGGCUGCCACGCCCCUCGGCCCCCGCGCCGGCCCCAGCGGACGGGGCAGGAAGCUGGGCGACGGGGGCAAGAAGGCCGGGGGCGUGGAGUACCCUGUCAAACUCGACCACGAGGGGGUGACCGCCCCCAAGACCAAGAACAGCAAAGCCCUGCUGCAGCUGGGGGGGCAGGGGCCGGGGGGCAGGGAGGACAAGGGUUUCGGGGCCAAAGGCGUCGGGGGCGUGGCCUCUCCAGUGGGCUACUCCCACCCCAUCCUCCUCGUCAAGGACAACAAGAAGGGAGGCAGCACCCGAGCGGAGCUCCUGCUGAAAGGGGUGUCACCCCUACGCAAGCCCUCUCCCUCCCUGGCCCUGGGGGAGUACGCCGACUUCGGCAUGAACUGCCACAGCGACUGCCACAGCUCCUACUCCGACCUGGAUGAGGAAGAGGAAGAGGAGGAGGAAGAGGAGAGGAGGGCCGCGCUGGCCGCCGCCGCCGCCGCCGCUGCCUCGGGUGGGCUGAGGACGGCCGGCCGCUUCCUGUCCCGGCUCUCCGUGUCGUCCUCGUCCUCCGCCUCCUCCAGCUCCUCCAGCUCCGGCUCCCUCUCCAGCUCCAGCCUCUGCUCCUCGGAGAACGACUCCUCCUACAGCUCGGAGGACGAGGAGAGCUCCACGCUGCUGCUGCAGGGCUGCCUCUCCUCCCAUCAUGCCCUGCUUCAGCCCCCGGAGCCCCCACCGCCCACCGUACCGCGCUCCUUCGUGGCCAAAGCCAUGGCGGUAAGCCCCGCCAAAGCAGGGGCGGGCGGCAAGCCUCUCAGGAGGAGGGAGAGCCCCAACGCCACGCCCGCCGCCCCACCCGCCAAACCCGCCAAAGACCCAGCCAGGAGGCAGAGGCUGCCGACAGCCGACAGCCUCCACAAGAUGCCCCCCUUCCUGCCCAUGCGGCAGCUCUGGAGGUGGUCUGGCAACCCCACACAGAGGCGGGGUAUGAAGGGCAAAGCACGUAAGCUCUUCUACAAGGCCAUCGUGCGUGGGCGGGACAUGGUGCGCGUGGGUGACUGCGCUGUCUUCCUGUCCUCCGGCCGGCCGCACCUGCCCUACGUCGGCCGCAUCGAGAGCUUCUGGGAGUCCUGGGCCAGCAACAUGGUGGUGAAGGUCAAGUGGUUCUACCAUCCCGAGGAGACCAAGCUGGGCAAGAGGCACCAAGAUGGCAGGCACGCCCUUUACCAGUCGUGUCACGAGGACGAGAACGACGUGCAGACCAUCUCGCACAGGUGCCAGGUGGUGAGCCGGGCGGAGUACGAGCGUCUGAGUCGAGGCAGGAGGCCGGUGGGCGGCUGCCAGGACCUUUUCUACCUGGCCGGGACCUAUGACCCCACCACCGGUCAGCUGGUCACCGCCGAAGGCGUGUCCAUCCUGUGCUAGCCCGUGGGUGGCCCUGUGGGAGUCACUACCGAAGGCCUGGAGCUCUGGAAGACGGACCCGCGGCUUCGCCUGCCGGAAGGUUCUGUGAAAGGAGGCACCCUUGUUUUACUGUGUGCCAUCUCUGCCAAUCGCUGCCUGCCCCAGGGCAUGCUGGGAGGAGCGGCACCUACCCUGCUGUGAGCAACACACAGACACACAGGCCAGCCCGGGGGGCCCACCCCCCACCCCCCUCUGUGAGGUGGAGUCCACUGUGCUGAAACGGCCGUUGCAGUUGCCGGAGUUGUGGGUGAAGGGUCCCAGGUUUGGGCCAG